AUGGAACUAGCUUGGUUUUAUCCAGUUAGAAGCCAUUAUAAUACCAGGGACUGUACGCAAGUCUGUAAAGUCGAGUAUUAUUAUUAGGCGUUAAACACUUUUUAAUCCGUGAGAGUGUUAACAUCCGAUCAGCAUAAGUAUAGAUUUGAAAAGUAACAUUAAGUCUGUUGUCAAGAAAAUACAGGGGAAAAAACACAAAGUUCCAACGACUGUAUUUUCCAGCCGGGGCGUUAAGCUUGGCGGAGGAAUUCGUCGACUUUUCAGACAUCGGAAGAGGAGAAAAAUCACCGUCUAAUUCCGCAUUCUGGUUAUUUCCUGCAUUUCCUGCAUUUUUUUUUUUACCGUCCGUGGAUUUUUCUCUUAGGUCUGUGUCCUUAUUUAGAUGGCAAGCUUUCCAGACUCUGUAAACGAAAAUGAUAUAGGUAAGGCUAAGUUCAUCGGUGAACUCCUGGUGCCUGUUGCUCCCUUCGACCAGAAGUCUGGGCGUGAAGCUUGGACAGUUGCCUUUGCACCCAAUGGUUCCUACUUUGCUUGGUCUCAGGGGCAUCGCAUUGUCAGGCUCAUUCCCUGGACAAAAUGCCUGAAAAACUUUUCAAUGGGCCAUUGUGGAGAGGGCACCAAUGCCUCAAGCCCCCGACGUUUGUCCCGUCAGAACAGCGACGGAGGCCAGGUAAUCCCAGUGUCUGGCGAACCUUGCGAACACACCAUUGACUGUGGUGACAUUGUCUGGGGCUUGGCCUUCGGUUCCUCAGUGCCAGAGAAGCAGAGUCGCUGUGUUAACAUCGAGUGGCACCGCUUCAAGUUUGGUCAGGACCAGCUGCUACUGGCAACAGGCCUUAACAACGGUCGCAUCAAGAUCUGGGAUGUUUACACUGGAAAACUGUUGCUGAAUCUGAUGGACCAUACUGAUGUAGUGCGAGACUUGACAUUUGCUCCUGAUGGCAGCCUCAUGCUGGUCUCUGCAUCCAGAGAUAAGACCCUCCGUGUAUGGGACCUCAAAGAUGAUGGUAACAUGGUGAAGGUUUUGCGGGGGCAUCAGAACUGGGUGUACUGCAGCGCCUUCUCCCCCGACUCCUCCAUCUUGUGCUCAGUUGGUGCCGGCAAAGCAGUGUUUUUAUGGAACAUGGAUAAGUACUCCUUGAUCCAGAAGCUGGAAGGGCACCACAAUGACGUGGUGUCUUGUGAGUUUUCACCAGAUGGGGCACUGUUGGCGACUGCCUCUUAUGACACCAGGGUCCUUGUAUGGGACCACCACAAGGCCACCAUCUUGUUGGAACUGGGCCAUCUCUUCCCUCCUCCAUCACCCAUUUUUGCUGGAGGAGCAAAUGACCGCUGGGUUCGCGGUGUGACCUUCUGCCCUGAUGGCCGCCACAUUGCCAGCAUUACUGAUGACAGACUGGUUCGUUUCUGGAGUAUCGAAGAAAAAGCCCCUCAGGCCAUUGCUCCUCUCCCUAAUGGCCUCUGUUGUGCCUUCUCUACUGAUGGAAGUGUCCUUUCUGCUGGGACUCGUGAUGGAAGUGUGCACUUCUGGGAGUGUCCUCGUAGCAUUGCCAGUCUACAGCACAUGUGCAGGAUGGCUCUCCGCCGGGUGAUGACCACCCAGCAGGUAGAGGCCCUGGCAAUUCCAACGCCGCUUCGUGACUACCUGACAUACAAAGUCAUCUAAUCCCUUCUCCCACCACCCCGCAACAGCUGACCCAACUGCACAUACCACAGCAGCAAUAUGCUGGAAAACCAAUGAAUCCUAUAUUAUCUGAAAAAUUCUUUGGAAAACAAUUUUUCAUAGAACAUUGUUGGAAAAAUGGACGUUACCAGGGCAUGAGGAAAGGAAUAAAAUUUUACUGAAAGCCCAGAGACACAUGCUCAUCUCAAGUUCCCAUUAUGUUGUUGUCAUAUGAAUUUAUUUUGUGUGUAAUUUGAAAAAUGAGUGUGCUGGGGCCAAUGCACCAUCCAUACCUAAAAUGUUAAGCUCUUUCUGGAGCCUCCUGUCCCCUCCAUCAUAUCAGUGUGGUACUUUUAAAUGUUUAGCUGAUCUUCCUGUUGGCUCCAACUCUACCAGGUUCAGUAAAUGCUUCAUCCUUUCCUCUGACCUGAAAUGGCUAUUGCACUUAAUGUGACAAACUUUGCAGUGAUGCUUGCUUUUAAUGUCAUGUAUUUUUACAUUAUUGUCAUGGGAGGAAAAAAAGCAGUCAGUUGUGUUAUAUGUUGAAUGUUUGUCUCAAACUGUGUUUACACCACUAAAGCACUUGCCACACUAAAACUCAGACUUCUCAAUGUGGGUAAGCAGUAGUUUCCAUUUCCACUACAAAGAUAACAUUCACCAGAUGGAUCAGCUGUUGUAUGAUUUAUCUGCAGAUAUAUCUGGAUAUAUCCCAGCUGGUAAAUGACAAGGAAGCACAGAAAUGCCAAAGAUAUUUUUUUAAGUGUCACCACUCUAGUUUGUCAGCCAGAGAGCAGUGAAGUUUAUUUUUCAAAAUGUCCUGAAAAAUGCCCUGUCCAAAAAAAAAAAAGGUUCCGCUGUCACAGUUCUUAAAAAGAAAAAAAAACAAGGUAUUGAUUGGAAUUUAGUGGGACUCUCAAAUAUCCAAGGCCUCAAAAAUUCUGCAUGGGUCAAGCUCUGUGUUAGAUUAUGUGUUUGAUUAGCUUACCAGAGAAGCACCAACUGACUAAGGAUAUCUUGAUUUAUUUGGACUACUGUAUGACUAUGAAGAAACAUAGUAACUUGCCAACAAAGGCGGUUAAGAAGAUCAGAGGUGAAUGUCUUCAGUGCAGGCUCCAAAAUGUCUCAAACUGCCUUUGCAAAAGGUUUUUUGAGAAAGGAAUGUAUGUUCCAUGUUUGCCGGGUCUCAAGGAUACAAACAGUGUGUUGUGGUGAGAAACACUGAAUGUAAACAUAAAAACUCCACAGUGUACCUUAGAAUAGAAUCCUCCAAAGAUGGCUCCUAAUAUUUGCUAGCAAACUACUCUAACUGGCUGACAUCAGUGUUUCAGUAAAUGGCAGAUAAUAGCCUCACGUUUUGUCAAACCAACAAUAGGUUUAACUCUGACAUGAUGCAGGUGUUGCCCACCCUCAGUCCACCAAAAAAGUAUCAGACCAGCAACAUAAAUGGCGGCAGUGUGUUUGAAUUGAAGUGUGCAUGUGUGCACUUGUAUGUGCGUGCACACAUGCACAGGAUAGGAUAAAGCCUUGAGAUCAGUGUUAUUCGAUGAUUUCACACUAAAGCAAAGCACCUCUGUCACUUAACUGAUCUAUAUAGUUGAACUUGUAAAAAAAAAAAAAAAACCUGUAUACAAAAUUCAGUGUGAUAUAUGUGUAUAUAAAAAACGGUAUCAUGUUCAUAAACCUAUCAAAGGUUUAAGCAUUUUUUCCACAUUAUUUGUCAUUUCUAUCCAAUUCUUUUGUUAAAUAUUUGUAUUUUUAUAUUUUGUUCUCUUUGUUCUUUAAAUGUGAAAAUGUCUCCAUAAAUACACACCUUACUGCUAAAAGUCCAGAGAGGUGUAUUUCUGUACAGGUCAGAUUUAGACAUAGACAGUCACAGUGCUACUGUCGCAAAUUUUGCUGUAGAAAUUCCAGCAGCGCUGACAGUAUUCCAACCAAUCUCUCAGCUGCCAGCCACGGCCAUCUGCUGUUAAAGACAUUCAUGUUCACUGAACCCUUAUAUUCCUUAUUAAAUAUAUGCACAUGAUAAUUGACAGUGACUUUUUAAGACGCAGCAUUUUUAGAAUCCUCUAUUUCUUGAUUCCAGUCAUUUUCAGGAGGUGUGAAGAAGGGAAAGUGAUGUGUUGUCCUCUUUGUGUUUAUGUAGGAAGGUGGGUACAGAGCAGCUGUCAAUCAUUCUUGGCAAUAAGUUCUCUGACAGUGCUAAUGCCAAAGGUUUCCUUUGCAGACAGUGUAUGUAAAUGGUCUGGUUGUUUUCAUAAUUUUCUGCUGACAUAUAGAGGGUGUCUCAUGAGGGGACUGCAGCGAUUAGUGACCUAUACAGAACCUUACAAGGGGUUUGUAUUGUGUGAGUUUGUAUACCUGCAACCAUUGUGAUUGGAAAGACACAGUCCUGCCUCAGUGAGACGCUGUAUGAAGUGUUAAAUAUAUCAGAUAUAUAUGAAUGUAUUUAGUUCAUGCUAUUUGUUUGUGUGUGUGUGUGUGUGUGUGUGUGUGGGUGUGGGUGGAGUACUUUCAAUAAAGGCUUUUUGACAAAAUAAUGAUUGUUGUUAAUUUCAGAGAAAGUCUGCAAUGAACCCUCAAACAACAAACUGGCUCUGACAAUCAUGGUUUCAAAUGAUUUGUAUUUCCCCUCAACAUUAAAUAUUUGAUCUUAAUAUGCAACAACUGAAGUUAAAGUCUGACAAAAAAAAGUUCAACCAAAUUUGCUUGCCAGUGGCCUGGCAACAUGAGUAAACAAUCACAAAACUACUGAAUGUAAUUGAGUUGCUCUGCCCUGUUUGGUGCUUAGAAGUGACCCACUUAAACUCAGGAGAAUCAACCUCCUAUGAAUCUGAACCAGGGGAUAGACCAAUUAUCAGCCAGGCCAAUUUAAAAACCUGAAAAAACUUUAGCCUGUUUUUGUUGAUAACCUGGGUUGAACUUACUGUUUUGUUUGUAGAGUAGGGCACCUAGUAUACUUGCUGUGCAGCUGCACUUAGGUUCAUUGUAUCUUUUCAGUGCAGCAGUGUCCAGUGAAAAAAAUGUUAGAUGAACAGGCAAUGUUGUCCCCAGAUGAUUAAGCAUCACAUAUGUACUAGCUCAUAGCUUAAAAAGUAUUGUUCUCACCUGACCUGGAUCCCGGGUAAACUGGUUUUAGUCUGCACCUGACUCACCCUGGGGUUGCUCGGUUUAUUGAAUGUUCCAACUUGUGAUAUUUCAAUAAACUAUUUUUGCAAAGA